CGAUCAGUCUCGAUCGACGCCUCGACUGGCUCGACUCCUCGACGCCGAAUGACCCGAGUAUUCGGAGUACGCGGACUCGUCGGCGUCGGCGUCGCCCUUCUCGCUUGUUUGUUGUUUCCGUCGUCGUUACCGAGAUUGGCAGGGGAGGGGACGGAAAUGUCAAGGAUGCUCGCGGUAGAUUUCGAGGUCUUCGGCAUCGUGCAAGGUGUCUUCUUCAGGAAGAUAUAUGUAUAUCUUUCGUCACCGGGAAAACUUACACGUAGGCGUCUUGUUUGCUUACGAGUAACAGUACACGCAAAAACGCGGCAAGGAGCUGGGGCUGAAGGGAUGGUGCAUGAACACCCCGAACGGUACCGUGGUCGGCCACCUGGAGGGGGAGAAGGCGCAGGUCGAGGAGAUGAAACAGUGGCUUCGCCAUACCGGAAGCCCUCAGUCGCGGAUCGAUAAGGCGGAAUUCCGCAACGAGAAGGAAAUCUCGCAGCCGUCGUUCUCCAACUUUGAAAUCCGGAAGUAGGCCGGAACGAGAACGAGGAGUAACAACAUGCGUUAACGUUUAACAAUAAGUCUUAAUAAAAUUAUUUAUAACUCGCUAAGCGCGCAUUUGCUCGCUAUUAUUAAAUUUAAAUGAGCCGUAUUAUUUAAAUAAAUGUAACGAGUUAUUAACAUAUUACACGCAUCCCUUUCUAUUUGUAA